CCUCCUCUUGGAGCUUCACUUGUGCCAUACGUAACCUAACCGCUUCUUCCUUUUCGUGUUUCGCGCUGUCUCGUCGCAAGUGUUUAUAAGUGUUACAAGUGCUUAUUUUCUGUGUAUGUGUCUUCAUACCGUGGGUAAACACUUUUGUACGGAUCGCACCACAACAGAAAAUACUCUCGUGACAAAUAAAGUGUUUUCUAUUCAGUUAAGGACCGAUAUGUUUUGAAAUUUGGAAGACGUAAAGGAACAAAUAUAUUCCCGUGGUUCGGAAAUUCGUACGUAUUCGAGUUUGACUAUUAAUUCUCUUUUACAAACUAGCACGUGAGCAGUGAUAAAUUGAGUCCUAAUUAAAAAUAAAAAAACGUUCCGUAUAUACCAUACACAAAUACGUGCUUUCGAAAUAUACGGGUUAAAUCAUUACAGAGAAUAAAUAUCCUAAGUGAUUAAUUACAGUAUAAUUUUUUUCUGUUACUUAGAAAGAUAUAGGUUAUGUCAGAAUAAACAGACAUCUGUUAGUGUAGUGUAAACUUCAGUUUAAAAGGACGAAAAUCCAAUAACAGUUAAAUGUGAUUUAGAGUUUCAGGUUUCAGUAGUAAUUAAAUGUAGAGUGCGUCUCAUAGUCGUAUUUUGUUUCCCCUGAACUUUUGUAAGCUGCGACCGUGAGCUAGUGGCAGUGUUCGAGCUGGCUGUAUAAAAAUCAAUUCAUAUUACCAAAGAUGCAAUAAGAAUCACGAAAGCCUUCCGAAGUCGUGUCGUGUAGUGUCGUGUGGCCUUGUUUAUUUGCUUUCACCGCACACCCCCCCGACAAACACAACUUUCAACACAUACUCAAUAAAAGCUCUUCAAAAAUCGCCCCAGGUUUCAUAGAAGAACUGCACGUUCAAGAACAAUCCAACGUAAAAUUCCAAUGGACUUCUAGAGGUGUUAUUAAUGAGCCCGGUACUACGGUCAAUUGCUUGCCACGUCUACCCUUCUUCGAUCGAGAUGUGAUGGACAACAAUCAAGUUUUCUAACGGACAGUCAUGGCUCAGGAGUUUCUAAAGCAAACAAGUCAACUUACAACUUAUCACAUAUUAGUAACAAAGUUGUUAUAGUACAUACCGACAAUAAUAGAGACUGGACAAGUGAAGUACGUGUUAUAUCACAGAUAUAUAUUUUUCAUCUCUGCUUCCGUCUUGAAUGGAAGCACGAAUAGUCAGAGAUGAUAUGUUCGUACAAGUGAAGAGUUAUUACUCCUCGGCAAUGUUUCCAAGCACUUUUCGCUUACGUUAAACACUGAUAGAUAUUAAAUUGACAUUUAAUAUUUAAUUCAUAUACGUUAAGAAGCAAUAACGCUGUGAGAUAGAAUCUAACCAGAAGUGCUCUAUGGUUGCAACUGAUUACUUGAGCAAUAAUAGGAUUAAAUUACAUAUAUCGUUAGUGAAAGUGAUAAAAUUGUUCAGUGCAGUAAUAUAAGUGUCGUUAUAUUAUCCUUAAUUUGGUGGUAAAAUUUAAAGCAAAGAACUUCAAAAGAAAUAAGCCUUCGUUAUUAGCCGAGGCCAUCUUCCAUUAUAAAGACACUGACUGUGACAAUUCUGUGAACUUAAAAUCAUCAAGCAAUAAAAAUAUCAACAAUGGCGUUUGCUGCAGCACGAAUGAUUCUAAAGGACAAAAGGCGGAAGACGUCGAAAGAGGAUUUUGUACCAAGAAACAGAAGCAAGGCCCGCAAUAAGCCCGCAGAUGGAGGUGGCCACGUCAACCAGAAGGGACAGGCUGGACAGAAGACACCAGUUGCUAGCCAGAAGGGUGGACAGACAAAGGCAGCGCAGAAACCUGCUCAGAAACCACCGACCGCUCAGAAGGGGCAGGUGAAGACCCAGCCCAAAGCGGCAGCCGUCAAGGGAGGCAAGAAGACAAAGAAAGGGCAGAGACAUCAGCAGCACGACCUUAUCGUGACCAUCAACUUGUCUGAGUACGGAUUAACAGAAGAUCAAGUAGCAGAAUUCAAAGAAGCGUUCAUGCUAUUCGACAAAGACGAAGAUGGUACAAUCACCAUGGCAGAGCUGGGCGUAGUCAUGAGAUCGCUGGGGCAGAGACCCACAGAAACGGAACUCAGAGACAUGGUAAAUGAGGUAGACCAAGAUGGUAAUGGAACCAUCGAGUUUAACGAGUUCUUGCAGAUGAUGUCGAAGAAGAUGAAAGGUGCAGAUGGUGAAGACGAACUAAGGGAGGCAUUCAGGGUAUUCGACAAGAACAAUGACGGAUUGAUCUCGUCAACGGAGCUUCGCCACGUGAUGACCAAUCUGGGUGAGAAACUGUCAGAUGAGGAAGUAGAUGACAUGAUCCGGGAAGCAGACCUAGAUGGAGAUGGAAUGGUCAAUUAUGAAGAAUUUGUAACAAUUCUUACAUCAAAGAAUUAGUCGUCUUCUAAUUUGAAGCAAUUACAGAAGGUAAAUAAAGAUAAAGCAGAAGACUUAAGCUGUUGGAAGAAUGAGAUUGUCUUGAAAUGAAGUACCUGGAGUGGAGAUAACUCCAACUCUAACAAAAGCAGGCAGCAGGACUGUGGGAGAAGAAGAAAA